AUUUUGGCCACAGGAAUCUGUCGCUCAGAUGACCAUGUGAUGAAAGGAACGUUAGCAUCUAAGUUUCCAGUGAUUGUGGGACAUGAAGCAGUUGGGGUCGUGGAGAGCAUCGGAGAAGGAGUCACUACGGUGAAACCAGGUGACAAAGUCAUCCCCCUCUUUGUGCCUCAGUGUAGAGAAUGCAAAUCUUGCCGCAAUCCAGAUGCAAACGUUUGCAUUAUGAGCGACUUUACGGGCCGCGGAGUACUGGCCGAUGGCACUACCAGAUUUACAUGCAGGGGCAAAACCGUCUAUCACUUUGUGAACACCAGUACGUUUACUGAGUACACGGUGGUGGACGAAUUUGCCGUUGUUAAGAUUGAUGAUGCAGCUCCUCCAGAGAAAGUCUGUUUACUUGGAUGUGCGUUUUCCACAGGAUAUGGGGCUGCUGUUAAAACUGGCAAG